GAGGAGGACACCCUCUGCUCAGAGGUGCAGAGCCAGCAGUUGAGGCAGUUCUGCUGCCAGGAGGCCAAAGGACCCCGAGAGGUUUGCAGCCGACUCCACCACCUUGACCAUCAGUGGCUGAAGCCAGAAAGGCACACGAAAGCUGAGAUGCUGGACCUGGUGAUCUUGGAGCAGUUCCUGGCUGUCCUUCCCCUGGAGAUGGAGAGCUGGGUGAGGGACUGUGGAGCGGAGACCAGUUCGCAGGCGGUGGCCCUGGCUGAAGGUUUCCUCCUGAGUCAGGCAGAGGAGAGAAAGCAGGGAAAGGAUCUCUUUGCAGAAAUGGACCUGGAUUCCUGUGAGGCAGAGAGGCCUCCGUUGGACACCAGAGAGAGGCCACUGGGUAAGGAGGAAGGUAAGGAUUUCUAA